ACUGUCCCUACUCACACUUUAUUCUCAAUGGAAAACUACAUAAACAGAGAGAAGGUGAACGAAACCAUCCAAAUUCUAUUACACACCAUAUCGCAUCUCAGUACAGCCGAAAUUGUAGGCUACACGGCGGGCGCUUUGGCAGCUCGCUACAUUAUUGCAACGUUUGUGUUGGAUAAACUCUCAGAUAUACCAGGACCAUUUGCCGCAAAGCUUACACGGUUUUACGAUGUCAAAAUGAAGGCUUCUGGCAAGAGAUAUGUGUUGAUCGACGAACUUCAUAAGAAGUACGGCAAAAUAGUCCGCACGGGGUAUGACACUGUGUCCAUUCACGACGCAGAAGCCGUCAAGCAAAUCUAUGGAGGCGAGAAGUUUCGAAAGGCUCCUUACUAUAGAGUCUUUCUUUUCAACAAUACUUCCAAUUUGAUCGAGACCAGCGAUCCCGUCCAACAUGCCAGAUACCGACGCAUUUUUUCACCUGGAUUCAGCCAGGCAACUCUAGACAGCCUUGAAGUCUUAAUAAUGGAAUCAGGAAUAAUUGCUCUGAUGAAUAAGCUCAAUGAAAAAUACGCCGACAAACCUGUUAUCUGCAAUAUCUUUAACGAGUUCCAUUUGAUGGCGUUCGACAUUCUGGGUGAACUAGCAUAUGGCAAAAGUUUCAAUAUGAUUCAGAGAGAAUCGCACCCUUUUCCAACAUGGAUAAAGACUAGAUCAACGAUGAUGCCGCUUUGUACUACCUUUCCCGAGAUCAACCACUAUCCAAAGCUUUUAAGCAUUUUCUUCCCGAAAUCAAACGGAGCCACCAUGGAUAUCAUCAAGUUUUCUGAGAAAUCAUUAGGUGCUCGAUUAGCGGACAAGGCAAAUAAUAGAAGAGAUUUUACGCAAUUGAUGGUUGAAGCCAUGAAGGCAGACAAAGAAGGCAAUUAUUUGACCGCUUCCGAAAGUCAGGUUGCAUCUGUUGUUCUGCUCGUAGCUGGAACCGACACAACAAGCAACACCAUGACGUUUGUUGCAUUUUUGCUGAGCAAGCAUCCUCACGUCCAAGAGCGUUUGUUUCAGGAGCUGGAGGAGGCCAUGCCAGACAGAAACGCAACGAUCAAUUACAAGGAUGCUAAAAAAGAAAAGAUACCAUACCUAUGGGCUGUCCUUAUGGAGGUGACUCGUAUAUACCCUGCUGUACCAGGAGGUUUGCCUAGAGUUACACCGAAAGGAGGUGCAGUCAUUGCUGGACAAUUCAUUCCCGAGGGGACUGUCGUUGAGGUACCAACGUGGUCUCUCCACCAUGAUCCAGCUCUAUUCGCCGAUCCUUUCGAGUUCAGGCCCGAGAGAUGGUUAGGAGACGAUGCCGAAGAGCUGUCGAAGAAUCACCUUGUCUUUUCAGUUGGUCCACGAAUGUGCGCCGGCAAAAACCUGGCUAUGAUGGAAAUGACCUUGGCCAUGGCUCACUUUUAUCGACGCUUUGCUGUAACACUUGCUGAUCCUAACGAAACCAUGCCUUUAAUGCAACAAUUCAUUAUGAAGCCAAAAUCUCUGCAGUUGAACGUCUAUUUGCGAAGCAGGGAUCAUUAAGCGCAGUGUGAAAAGAGUUCAUUUCGACUGGUGUGAAACCAAUUGAUACUGAACGGCAGCUCAUAGUUUAACCAUCUGUUAGAAUCUUCUUACCAUUUUCUGAUUGCCAAAAUUACAUUCCAUCCCAUUAUCCAUUUCCAUUCAUUAUACAUAUGGCUACUGUCUAAUACAUUAUUAUUCUGGGUGUUACAUUAAAAGCUAUCUUUACUUGGCCAU